UGGACGAUAUGGAUGUCCUUCUCUUCUUCUGUCGUCUCGCACCCCUUCUUUCAGCUUCCUCGCUUCUAGAAUUCAGCAUUUCGGGGUUUAGGGUUUAGAGUUGCAGUUCUAUCAGACUUGGAUUUUGGAGCAAACGAAAAGCAAUUGCUUCCGACACUGGUCAGCGAUGGCGCUAGGAAUUCUUACUCAGUUCCUGCGCGGCGGCCGUGCCGUGCCCCGCACCGGAAUUAAGAUCCUGACUUCCAAGCGUGGUCCCCGAAACUAUUACAAGGGAAAGGGGUGCAAGCCCACGGGUCGCCACACUAGUAAAGGUGGCUAUGUAUUAAUGGACGAGAAGCUCCCUCGGUACAUUGUUCCUGAUUUGACGAACUGCAAGUUGCUUCCAUACGUUGCACACGACACACCUGAAGUCGCGAAGGAGGAGAAAGUGGGGUCAUGAUGUGUGACAUGGACGUUAUUGGACCCCAUUUCUUGCUGAUCUUGCACACAUUGGAGCGGCUAGGUUUCGUUCGCCGAGGCUCUCUGCUACAGUUGUUUCUAUCUGGGCUUUAAACCUUGUAGAGGGAUUAAGCGACUCGGUUUCCUUUUUGUGAGAUUGAUCGUGAUUGUGCGAGAGAAGCAGCCUACCAAGUUGAAUGAAGAGUAUCCUUGGAAAAAUCUAAUCGGACAGGCUCAUCAAAUUAGCAUUGAUGUUGAGAAUUUUGUUCCUGAAUUUGUCUUUGUAACCAAAUCGUGUGAAGUGUUCACGAUCGACAUAAUUCUUCGGUUAUGAUUGUUAGGUGCA